GACGCAAUAACAGGAGACCGCAACAGCAAGGCACCGCAAAACAACUCACCGAGAAACACCACAGCAAAGAUAAGUCCCCGGGUACGAGAAGGAGAAGCCGCUCCAGUUGGAUUCCACGCCAUUCCAUUCUUCCUUCCCACGCGUCUUCGAUUUCGUCGCGGAGGCUUCUCUCGUCGGGAGGCGUCGGUCUACUCCUGCCCGCUCUCUACUGGUGCUGGACUGCCGUGGGGUGGAGAUCCAUCUGGGCUUGGAUCGAACUCUUCUUCAAUUUAUUGCUAGCGAAAAUGAGUGACAACCUGAUGGACAAGGUUAGCGCUUUCGGCGAGCGCCUGAAGAUCACGGGGACGGAGGUCAGCAAGAAGAUGACAGCUGGCAUGAGCUCCAUGAGCGGCAAGAUGAAGGAGUUGUUCCAGGGUCAGACUCCGGCGGACAAGAUUGUCGAGGAUGCCACCUCAGAGAAUUUGGAGGGACCUGAUUGGAACUCAAACUUGGAGAUUUGCGACUUGAUCAACACGGAGAAGGUCAACAGUGUUGACCUCAUCCGUGGGAUCAAGAAGCGGAUCAUGCUAAAAGAUGCUAGGAUCCAGUACCUUGCCUUGGUCCUUCUAGAGACUAUUGUGAAAAACUGCGAGAAGGCCUUCUCAGAGGUUGCGGCCGAGCGGGUUCUUGAUGAGAUGGUCAAGUUGAUUGAUGACCCUCAGACGGUGGUGAAUAACAGGAACAAGACCCUUAUGCUGAUUGAAGCGUGGGGAGAGUCUGGUGAUGAGCUCCGCUACCUGCCAGUCUAUGAGGAAACCUACAAGAGCUUGAAAUCAAGAGGAAUCCGGUUUCCUGGACGUGAUAAUGAGAGCUUGGCCCCCAUAUUUACUCCACCACGUUCGGUUGCUGAAGCUGAAGUCGAUGCAAGCUUGCCCCAACAGGCAUUUGAAGAUGUGCAUGUGCAUACAUAUACUGCUGAAGAAACAAAAGAAGCUUUUGAUGUAGCUCGUAACAGCAUAGAACUUCUUUCAACUGUCCUUUCCUCUUCCCCUCAGCAGGAUGCUUUGCAGGAUGACUUGACAGCCACUCUUGUUCAACAAUGCUACCAAUCUCAGCACACUAUCCAGAGAAUCAUUGAGACGGUUGGAGACAAUGAAGCUGUGCUCUUUGAGGCCUUGAGUGUGAACGAUGAGAUCCAGAAAGUGAUAUCCAAAUACGAAGAGAUGAAGGAACCCAGGGCCUCGGAGCAUACGGAGCAACAACGGCCAGUGGUUAUACCGAUUGCCACAGAACAUGAAGAUUCCACUGCUGUUGGCAAUGAAGAUGCCCUGGUCAGAAAACCAGCUGCUGCUCGAGCAAGGUCAGGUGGAGAUGAUGAUAUCCUUGAUGAUCUCGACGAGAUGAUAUUUGGCAAGAAGGGAGGAAGCAGUUCACAGGAAGGGCCAAAAAAGCAGGAUCCGAAGAAAGAUGACCUGAUCAGCUUUUAAAUACCUUCCCAGUCCUGAGUUCCUUGCGGAUUCAGAAGAUACUUCCACGGCUCUUCAUGGCUUGAGCUGUUAUGGUGCUGAAUGAUGUCUGUAUUCGGACGGUAGAACCGUAGAAGAUUGCACAUUCGUUAGGAUUUGGGUCGCUUGUUUAUACAUGUGCCCUUUUACAGUUCGUUCAGUUGUUAAGUUGCUGCACUUUGUCAUCUUCUGGUUUCAUGGACCCAUCACCCAUGAAUGUAUUUGAUGGUGAAUUGUGCCUCGAUGGAAAGAUAUGUUCGGUGUGUGCCUGAA